AUGUUAGCUGACCCAUCUCAGCUUAGGGACAAUCACCUCCAUGCUAGUAUCCACUUGGGGAGAUGCACUGGCAGUGUGAAUGAGGAGUUGGGAUUACCCCAGCAACUGCAGAGGGGUCUGAUGACAACUUGGCACUACGAUCAAACUUGUGACCCCUCUGGGGCUCAUCAAGUGAAGCCUCCCAGCGAUGACGGCGCUGAAGGUUUGUGUCUCUUGCUGCCCGCUUCUGCCCGACCCUCCCUCGGGCAUAUCCCGGUCACCGCAGCAUCGUGCCACAGGGACGACGGUGGGGUCCCGGCAGGGCUCGACCGACCCGCUCCCCUCCCUCCCUCCCUCACUCGCACAACCCGACCCGCGCCCCCGCUGCACCCCGCCCUCCCUCGUGGGUGGUGGUGGUGGGGAUCGGCUGGGGCUGGUGGUGGCUGCUGCUGCUGCUGGUGGCUGGCUGGUGGUGGUGGCGCCGCAGCGACGAAGGAGGAAGAGGGCGAGCGCGAGCGUCCAGGCGCAGUCAGCAGCAGGGACAAGGAAGGAAUGACCAGGAGGACCAGGAGGAGGAGGACUAGGAGCCAGCCAGCGAGCCCUUUUCUCUCUCAUGAUAUGCUCGCGCAGGAAGGGAACAAUCGCUGCCUGCCUGUCUGCCUCCGUCGUCGUCGUCGUCGUCCUUCGUUCUUAAACCCCGACGCCCCUCUCUCCUCUAUUCACAUCUCACUUCUAUCGCCUCCUUUCGUCUUCUGCUUUGUCAGAGCUUCCUGUCUCUUGUGCUGCUUCUGCUGCUGCAAGUCCCGCGGUGCUUCCACUUCUAUCUUCCUUAGAGAGAAACUGUCUCAUCGCGGACCAAAAGCUCUUGUCGUCUUUCCUGUGGCGAGAUAUUGCCUCUCGUUGUGUAGAGAUUGAUCAGUGGGUUCAGUCACUACUUUUUUUUUCUCCUUUUGUCGACGGGAUUUGAGUUAGCUGUGUUCUAUUUCUUCAAUCUGUAGAGUGCUUGCGGGUCGGGUCAGGUCGGGUCGUGUUGCUGCUCAGUGACGUUUCGAGAAAAGGUGUUUGAGAGAGGGCUUGGUUCGAUAGAUUUUGGGUGGGAAUUGGUGGGGGAUUUAAGGCAUUGGUGCGUAGUAUUUCUUUCGAUUGUGUGCGGAGGUUUUGGAGAUAUAAUAUCUUCUGGAAGAGUGAUCUACAUUUUUUAGGGGUGAAAGGCGGAGUGUUGCACGGGCGUGGAGAUUUCUGUGGUGGAAUUGGAGGUGGCGGUCGGAGGCUUGCGGGAUUGCGGUGCGCUGCUUCAGAACUUUCACGAGUGGAGGGUAGCGGUGCAUUGGAGCUUUUUAUUUUUAUUUAUUUUUAUUUUUUAAAAUAUUUUAAAGCAGGGUAGUUGGUCGCAUUCUAGCUAUGGCACCCACAACAGCAGGUUGCUGCCAAUUGUUGCAAGCGCCAUCCCACGAGCCCAUUGAGAUGGAAUCCGGAAGACGACGUCUCACUCUUGAUAGCUGGGUUUGCUUGCCUAUGCUUCGGCCAGUGCGGACGACUAGUAGCAUUGCGGCGCAGUUGUCAUCACCUGCUCCAAGUUCUUGCACGACACAGAAAGAUUUGUCUCUUGCCAAGCCCAUGACGUUGGACGUUUCCUUCAUCGGGGUCGAUGAAACGCUCUCACGGGAGUCUUGUUGCGAAACACCCAAAUCGAAAGAGCACAGAAUACCCGAAGUUGAUGUUACCUUUUGCCCUCCAGCUCCAAGGAAGCCCCGUGCAAUGGCUCGUCGUCGACGCAUGCAGCCCACAAGUUUCUUCAACACGCUUGACUUCGAGAAUUUUCUCUCCCAGCACAAAGUGCAAGUGAGCAGUUAGAAGGAGGCGAAAUCUUCUCGAACGUUCACAAGGUGUUCUCCAGAGGUCUUCGAGUUUUAUUCCUCUCCGGAGUGCUUGUACAGAUGCUUGUGCGCGACGAUCAACGUGUUGUCGAAAUUUAACAGCCGACGCGGAAGCAAAGAAAUGGAGAGACCUCUGGGAUGACCGAAUCAAUGAGGCCAUUGUCGCAAUCAGCCUCAGGCUUCUUCCAUUAUUUUACGAACAUUUCCUUCAGACGUGGAGCUCUUCCUCGGUGCAGCACAUGACAUUGGGUUCGUCCAGAGGAUGUUCUAUGAAAGUCCGGCUUCUGCUCGUACGCCGAAGUGCAAUGGUUCAUGCACUGUGUGUAAAUAGCGGGCUUCGGGUGAUGAGGGUCAUGCUUUGUGUAGGAUUUAUUGUUGGCUCCAGAACCUCCACCGCGGGCAAGUAGGGAAAUUUUGUUAGCCCGGAAGCGGGGGAUGCUUUUUUCGCAAUGUACUUUCCUCAUCGAGAGAAUGAUGCGGCCAUGCUUCUCAGUUUGGAGAGUAGGUCGAGAGAUGACAUGAUGGUAGAAGUAAGAACGUGUGUCGUGAUCUAUUUGCUUUCACCUGCGCCUGUUCAUCAUGUGGGAGCGGGCGCAGGAAGCUGAGAGUCGGCCAUGAGUGAGAGAAGUCCUUCGAGGCUGUGCUGCUGGGGUCUAGCCCGGCAUAGCUCAACCCAGGAUCAUGUAAUUUACAACUCCAACGUCAAUCAUCAUGUUGUUUCUUUCUCUUUUCAAA